AAGAAGACCAAGAUAUUCUGCACAAUGGGGCCGGCGUGCUGGGACGUCGAGACGGUGACUGACCUCAUCGACGCUGGGCUGAAUGUCUGCCGGUUCAACUUUUCGCAUGGCGACCACUCAGCUCAUCAAGAGUGCCUAGAACGUGUGCGCAAGGCAACCGCGAACCGGCCGGACCGCAACAUUGCCAUCCUGCUCGACACGAAGGGCCCCGAGAUCCGGACAGGCAACUUCGUGAAAGACAAGGCGAAGAUGAACCUCAAGGCUGGGCAGGACCUCAUUCUGACCUCCGACUACAGCUACGAGGCGACGGACGACACCAAGCUUGCGAUCACGUACGAGAAGAUGGCGACAACGGUCAAG